CGGUCUUUUGCCGUUUUUUGUUUCAUAUAACAAUUUCCGUUGAUAAAAAAUGGCGUUGAUUUUUGAAUUUUUUGCCAACAAUCAUAAGUGUUUAAUUACAUACCUGCCCAUUUUUGCCCUUUAUCUAAAGAAUCGUCAAAAAAUAUCUAGGCCAUUAAAAGCUCCUCAGGACUCAAGUAAAAUGAGUUUUGAGUGGAGCACGAUAUGUUCGCCUUUUAUAUAAAAAGUGUGCAUUAAAGCGAUCGAAAAUAAACGCAGCAAAGUAGACUACACUUUUGGAAAGAAAUUUAUAUUAUAAAGAUAACUACGAAAAAUAAAGCGGGAACGAAAAGUUUUCAUUGUUUUUCAAACAAAAUACUUCAACAAAAAUCGACCAAAAUGAGAAAAGAUUUAACCUUUUACCAACCCAAAUUUUUUCUACCAAUUGUGGUAACAAUUUACCAAAGUGGCAACCCUGCAUACAUCACAAAGCUUCGUCGAUAAAAUACGAUAUGUCUGCCCUGCGAAGCGGCUGAAGUCAGCUUAGCCUUGUCAGCGGCGGCGAAUGGUUGUCAGUGCUGUUGCAACAGUGAGUUGUGCGAAAGCUGCAGCAGUCAUAGUGCAAAAAGCAAAUGGAGAAGAGCUCGCAUGCAAGACAGUACUCAGCAUUGUGUGAAAGGUUACAAAUUUGUGAAAAUGUGAUGUUAGCAAAAAAUUGAAAAUAAAAUUGUUAUUAAAAAGUGCCUUGGUUAUCAGUAUGCAAUAAAAAAUGAAUGAGAAACAAAUUUUUAAUAAUAAAUGAAUGCAAUGAAUAUACUGCGGUGCACAAGAAAGCAAUACAAAUUUACAACAAAAUUCCAUGCUUCGAUCGGCGUUUAAUUUUUCUAUUACACCCAACGCAGCAGUUGUACAACCUUGGUAGGCGUGUGACCAUUGCUUGCCAAAUUAUAACCUUCAAAGAAUUGGCAGAUAGGCAAGAAAACUAAAAGGAGAUUCGACUCAACAGCACUUUUAACGAAUUUUCAGAGCGUGUGCCGCAGUAGAAGCUUUAACACAGGCGCUGCUGAAAAAUUCGCAAAGACUUAGUAACACAUACUUAUGUACAUACAUAUAUGUACAUACAUACAUACAUACAUAUGUAUAUGUAGCUGCAGCGGAAAAAAUCGAUACAACAUCAACAAUAAAGAACCCUACAGUGCUGCUGCUGCUGCUGGCCCACAAAAAAAAAAAACAGUAACUAAGCGUUAAUAGUGCGUUUAGGUGUGUGUGUGUGGGGGAUCGCCGUGGCAGGCCUCUGCAGCCGCAUGCAUGCUGGGUACCGCCCUUUUGAGUACUCAUACCGCCUACCGUUACCUACACUUCAAAGCCAAUAAUAUUAUUAUAGAAAUUCUGAGCAGUUGAAGCGAAUUUACCAUAUGGAAGUGUCCAGCUGACCAAACGUGUUGGCUGUUGUGCGUUUGAUAGCUAAAUAAAAUAAAUAAAUUAAGAAAUAAAUAAAUAGUAUUAACUUACUCGUACGCAUGCAGUAUAUUUACGAAAAUUUUGUCCAUUUUAUCUACUCGACGCAUAAGUAAUUCGAAAGCAUACGCACACCUACAUACAUACAUACAUAUGUAUGUACAUGCAUGCAUUGCUGCAUAUGUGGAUUCAUGUAUUAUGUAGUAGUUACAUAUUUACGCGCCUGUUAGUAUGCAGCACAAGGUCACACACACGGCGUAUGAUCAAUUAAUUAAGUGCAGUGUGACUGGAGUGAGUUAAAAGAGUGUGUGUAGAAAAGCAUAAGCGCCAACAGCAACAAUAAACAACAACAACAACAACAACAACAACAACAAAACAAUGGUCGACUUAAAUACUUGCCCGCCUACACCACCGGGUGGCGAACGCUCUAAAAUCAAAAGCUUUAUGGGACGCACUCCGGGUAUUGGAAUAUUGAAGUCGAAAUUUCUAACAGUGCUGGGGAAUAGUAAUGAGCUGCUCAACGGUAUUUCGAAUAAGCUCACACUAAGCAUCAGCUCCAGCGAAUCGGAGUAUUGCGAUGACGAUGAAGAGGUUCCUACUUUUGACGAAACAAUCGAUUACACGAAAAUCGAUUACGAGUUUCGGCGUAUUAAGGCGCGACGAGCGCAUGAAGAGAUCAUAUCAGGACGGUUUCGCUAUCCCAACCUUUUACCAAGACCCCGCUUGGAGGCCACACGCAGCAGCGCACGCGAUAAAAUACGACGUUCCGCUUCGAGUUCCUCAACUUCCAGUUCCACAUCGUCUUCAUACUCACCGCCCGUCAAUCGUUCGCAUGUGAGUAGCACAACACGCUCAAAUUCAAUUGAGUCACGUCACUCCGGUGGCUACGGACGCCCUGGACGUGCUAUACCGGGCGCGCGACGCAGCGAACUCGACAUACAGAGAGACUUGUCACGCAUCACUGAUAUACUGAGUGUCAAUGCCGCGGCCGCAGCAGCACCAAAUGCAAACGCUGGUGCUCCGCAUAUCGAUGUACAACCGCCCUCGGAUCGUGAAUGCGGCAACAACAAUGGCGGCGCCAACGAGCAUCGCCUGCAACACCCCACACACUUGCACAUGGAUUUGCCAGCCAUGACCCAGUCAGGCACUAGCAUGGUGGUGCCACCACGCAGUCGCAACUCAAAUAGCAGCACUGUAACCAGCCUGCGAGACGAUCCCGAUGUGCAAAUCAGUCCGAGCAUUGAGUCCACGGACUGGCGCAAUUUCAUACGUUCAGAGUCACAAAAUUCGGUGCCAUCGUGGGCAUCGUCCAUCAGUUUGGAUUGUCGCGUGGGCGAGGAGCCGGUGAAGGAGUUCAUGAAACGUUUCAUUGAGGUGAUCUUUAGCAACGCCUCGGCCAUUGGGCUAGAACUGAAGGCAGAGUUCGGCGCCCUGGCGCGCAUCGAUGCGGGACGACAGUGGUUCACGCGAUUUCUGCUCGAGCAGAAAUCCAAAUCGAAGCGUGUAGACGAGGUGACCUUCCAUUCGUUGGUGCAAUACUUCGCUAUUGUCUUGUUCGAGUGCGGCGAGUGCGAGGAUUACGCACCGGCUGCGGUUAUUAUGAAUAUUUGUUUUAUGUUCUACAAUGAAAUUGAAGUUCCAGGCUGUGAUACGUAUCGUCAGUACCUCUUCACCUAUAUGCGCCGCCAGCCGAUCUGGUAUAGUCAGCGCUUUUGGGGUGCCGCUUUCUUCGAGGCUGUGCAAAGUGAGCGUGAACAUCGGUUGGACAUGCGUAAGCGUCGUGCCGAAAAGAAACAGCGCAACAAAGCACAAUUCGCAGCAAAGUCCGCAGAAGAGGCGAAAUUGAAAGAGCAGAGUUCAGUAGAGGCAGCGACGGUGGACGAGGCGCCAACGGAUGGGGCUGGCGCUGGUGCAAUUGUUGAUGGGGAACACGCUUCUACGUCCAGUUCCUCACAUCGUGGCAAUAUUGUCGCCUUAAAGGUGCACGCGGUUAAGAAAUCUGCUUCACAGACAAGUGCUGAAGAUACCUCUGGCGGUGUCGGUGGCGGUGGCGGAGUUUCAGCGGAGACGACAGCUUUAGUUGGUGGUUCUUUAAGCGCUGCAGCUGCCACUGGAAAGCAGCAGCAGCUCGAUCCGCACUCCAUCGAGAAUAUUGUGUUUCGACAACUGGGGGCCUUUACAUGCAAUAUGCACUCAUUGGGCCUACCUCAAGAUAUGUGCCUAGAAUUUUUGAAGAAACAAUCGGCAACGGCAAGCCAUAAUUUAUCAAAGGGCUCUGCUGCUGCUGGACAUGUCUUUUUAGAGUUACAAAUAUACAAGGUGCGGCGCGGCUAUGUCACUCAACAAGUAAAACUUACGGCAACACACUACUCAAAUACUACGAGCAGGCACUACUUCUGGUUUCGACAAGAAAAUGUAAUAAACAAAAUUUAAACGUACACAACAUAACCUAACCACAAUGAAGUAGUUAGUAUACGUAUGAUUCAGUGCAGCUAGCGAUAGUUGUCUCCGUCUAACUGGCAUUGCAAGUGGCGUUGGUUGGAAAAUGACAAAAAAAGAAACAACGGUACAAACAAAAGUUGGUGAAGAAUGCAGUGAGAUAUGGCGUGAAGUUGCCGCAUAAAUUCUACAUACAUAUUUUGGCCACAACACACUUGCGCUUGGCUUAGAGUACCGUGCUAAUGACCGAGGGAGGUAACUGAAAACAAACCCAAACUCUACGCAAAUAUGUAUAAAUGUUAACUGAAAUGGAAACCAAUGCAGCCCAAAAAUAUGUUAGGUACUACAACCAACGCACGUUAAUGGAGCGCAGCGCUGCUGUUAGAAGUUAGGUUAGGCACGUUUGACGCGACAAUCCAUGUUGGACCCUUUGAAAUGAUUUGUGCAAUCAAAUGGGGAAUACUAAAUUAAAUACAAAUCACAAAAGCCAUUACAUUUCUCACAGUUUUCAACAACAAAACUACAUAAGAGUAAAAACAAAGGCUAGAUUAGACAAAAGAAAGGGAAAUGCUCAAUCAAAUCAAAACAAAGUCAAUCGAUUGGAAUCGAGGCAAAUGUGAUUUUCAGCUAGAAGAGCUACACAGCUUUGAUUGCGCCAACUAUACGCCGGCAGAUGACUUUCAGAGAAGAGCGGGCGAGACAAGGCAAGCCACGAACGAGUACCGUAUGACUACGGUGGGAUGUUGCUCAUACGUCUAGGAAGCCAGACAGCUGGCAGAGGCUAAUCGCCAGCUAUAGCGGGACAUUGGAGAUCACCCUUAUAAUGUGUAUUUGAACAGAACGAUUAACCCAACCUACUGCCUAAAUCAUCAAAUGCAAUCGACAUAAGUGACGGUCAAUAGCAAGCAAAGACAAUUAAUAGUGUGCUGCGAUGGGACCUUGCCACAAAUCGUUUAUCGCGCAAAAUGAUAAAACAACAACAAGGGGAAUAGCAAAAUUCGAAGCAGAAAAUAAUUUGAUCACUGAACACAAAACUGGGUGCAGUUAAAAUUCAAUGGCUUCGCUUGAACAAACAGCUUAACGGAAAGCAGAACUGGAUGCAUUUCGAUGCAGUUAAUUAAUUCAGACAAUCAUCAGCGGGCGGAAAAUAGCAAACCAACAUCCACUUUAUCUAAUUUCUUCCUCGAUGAAAAUGUUACCUUUCAAAAUUUGGAUUGCUGGUGAAAUGCGAGCAAUUUUAGCGAAUGUAUUAGCGUUCUAUAGGAUAUUUAAUAGAAGCUAAAUGAGGGUAUAUACAUACAGAUGCAUUUAUUUUAUGUACAUAUGUAUGUAAAUAGUAGAUCUGUGUAAUUAAAAUGCGGCUGUAAGUCUACUGAUGUAAUUGAAAAGUAUGUACAUACAUAUUUGUGGAAAUUUGACCAAACAACUUAAGUCUAUCUUUCAUGGACAAGACAAAUAGCGUAUGUAUGUCGACAAAACUGUAAAAUAAGUUUUUGUCAAAGAGAAAAUAGUUACAAUUCGAAAGAAAUAUUAAAAUAUUUUAUCACUAUUUACAGCCUUUUAAAUGUCUCUAUUUUCAACAACUAUAAUAAUAAUAACUAUAAAGCAAAUUAUUUAAGGGUCUCCGCCUGUAGCAAUUGCAAAAAAAA